AUGCCUCGCAGACUGUCUAGUGCAUUGUCCAACGCGCUCGAUCUGCCCCCAUCUCAAGCCUCGAGCUCGGCAGGUCCCGCCUCGCCGACGUCCGAGCAUCUUUCCCAACUUCGAUCUUCGAAUUCGGAUGUAUCAGGAACACGAUUUGGUCAACUCCGAGCCACAGCCUCGUCCAGCCCUUUCGCGUCCACUUCGCACGACGUCUACGAACUACCCCCCGAUGAAUGGAGCUCGUCGCUCACGGGCUCGAACGGGGGCCGCUCGUCUCAAUGGAACGAUAACAUGGGUGUCGAGGGCGCGGAGAAUCACGAAGAGAACGACGACAAUGGUGCUGAUAGUGUAGAAGAUGGCAACGCACUCCCUUCUUACACCAGAAGAGCGCCUCAUCUGGGUCUAGUGCACCCUCCUCCUCCGCGCCAACACGUCGUCACUUCGCGCAGCAAGAAAUUGAAGCUCGAGCUGAGAGCUCCCGGAGAGAACCAUAUCAUCUUGAUGCAGUCUCGGCCGGGAGAAACGGUAAAGCUACAGGGGAAGCUUGUUGUGCGUGCGAUCUCGAAUGUAGCAUAUCACAAAUCUCGGCCCAAUCGUCCCAACCCUGACGAUAACCAUAUUGAUGUCUUCGGCAGCUUCAACUUCCCAAUCCCGAAGCGAUCUCACAAGUGCGGGUUCGCGUCAAGGGCAUCGUGCGAUCGCUCGUCCUCAAAGUUCAUGGAUCAGGACGACACCCAGUCACGGACGAAGUGACGAUUUGGGAGGACGGCGUUGAGCUCUACUCUAGCUCACAGCUCCUGUCCAACAAUCAGUCGAACGAUCCAUCAAAGCUUCAAGGAUCGUUCGAGUUUGAGUUUGAGCUCAAGAUCCCGGCAAAGUGUUCAGGCUCCCCCAAAGCUCUUGCAACCACUGUGAGACUAGAUUCCGCCUUCUUGACAUGCAAAGUGGAGGAAAUCCACUAAUUGCGCGCACUCGUGCAGCUUCGAACACUUCGGCCGACCCCUCCUAGCUUUGUGCUGAGUACCGACUCGGACGAUCCUCGAGCAUGGGGUAAAGGUGCCGAGUGGGCGGCGUGCCGGUACUAUGUCAAGGUCACUGCAUCUAGAAAGGGUCUCCUCACCCCGAACGACCGUCUUAUCGUUCCAAUCGUCUUUGUCCCAUGCCACAACGAGCCCGAGAUGUCUGCCGCUCGGACGGCAGCGUUGUCGCAAGGACUGCGUACCCCCGGCCCGGCCGUGGAUCCGACCGGCUGGACGGGGAAGAAAGCUCGUCGCGAUAUCCGCAGUGGAAUGUUCCAUACGACGACACGGUCAUGGUUCGAGGUUGUCUUGCUCGUUCCAUCGCCUUCCAAGUUUGCCCGUCUUUCUGUGCUGCCCUUCGCAGUCAUGAUCAAGAGCUCGGAUCCCAACGCCACAACACGCUUCCCCCUUACGGCUGUUACGGUCCACCUGGUACAGCGGGCUUACGUCGGAGCGCAAGGCCUGACGAACCUGCACGACACGAGCGUCGGACAUUCGCAAAUCGAAGAAGACGGGCCCAGCGAAGGGACACCGGUUCGGCGAGAUGAAACGGACGAUGAUGGUCCAGACUCGCAAGCGGCUGUGUGGAGCAAGCGUUUCAAGGGCGAGAUUGACCUGACGCGAGGCGUGGCAUCGUCGUUCAGAACCGUCAAUCUCGUCAUUCAAUAUCUCGUUGUGGUGCACGUUCAGUCCACGCCGGGAAACGAGUGCGAUGUCGCCGUUCCGAUCUCCAUCGUUUCAACGGCUUCGAUCCUUCCUCGCGCUCGAUCAGAGUCUCGAAUUCCAUCGGAGCGAAACUCAAUCGAGAUGCAGCACCCACCGUCAGCUGUGAUUUUGACACAGAGCUCUCCUGUUGGGGCUCUUUGGGGUGGCCAGAGCGCAGCAGACGCCAUGCUGACUGACGCUGCCCGAGAUGCCCCCGCUGAUCAGGGCUUACCACCAUCCUAUGGACAAAGUGUUGGGCUCCAGCAAUGA